AUGUUGUCAACAUCCACAAGCUCUUCUCCUCACCAUCAGAAACCCACCUCAGAAGGCAGCAGCUCAGCUAUGCCUCAGGGAAAAAACCAUUUCUCCAAUCCGGCCGGGUCCUUCACGUUAAGCUCCGGAGUCUGCGUCACUACAAAUCCGAGAACCCCAGAUCACCAAAGAUAUGACAAGAGGUGGAGACUCAAAGAAAGUUUCACCUUAGCGGUCCAAGAAGGAUGGAACCACGUGGAAGAGGAACAGGAAACAAACCUGGUCUCAAAAAUAAGGUCAUUAUGGAGCAUAUUGGAGCACUUGGGACGUGAGGAGCAAGGAAGAGCUUUGCAUGGACCACCACUCGAUCGCACGGCUCAAGAUUAUCAAAGGUGGCGCCUUUAUGCCCAGCUUGACCCAACCGCUAGACCAACCGGUCGAGCUAGGCCAAUUCUUCCCAAGUUUACACUAGCUUGA